AUGGUGCUCGCUGAAGCUGUGACUCUUCUCAAGUACACUUAUGGAAUUCCAUUCUGGUUUUUGUAUCUGAAAGUGGUGCUGAUCUUGCGGCGGCGUUCGCAAGUCGAAUUCAACACCGUCUUCUACAGGAUCGUUUAUUACACGGGUAUCAGCGUAAGUUUUUUUUGUCAUCAUCGCUUAUUUUGUAUUUUUUUUGGCGUAUUCUGAAUUUUCUUGAGUUUUCUUUUGAUUGGAUAUUUAAAGCAAAAGCAAUGAAUAGACAGCUGGAAAAGCGUAUUCAUAGGAAGAAUUUAAAAUUAGGAAUGGAACUAUGAUUCCAGCAAGAAGCCAGUCCAGAGAGCUGAAUGGCAAACGUUUGUUUUGAAAAUGUCUGCCACCAUUUUUGAGAAGGUAUUAAAAUUCACAAUUUGGAGUCUGUAUUUAAUAAUCUUAAUAAUAGAACACCGAAAGCUUGGAAGUAAUGAAACGGCUACAACUGAACUUAUCCUUGAAAAAAUUGUGGUCUUUCUUGGUCCGGCCAAUAUUAUUUUUUUCUUCGGAAAUACAUACAUAUGUUUCUCUGACCUGCGGCAAGCAUGACCAAAUAUGGGUACACUUUUUCUUGCCGACUGCCACAUUCAUUUUUUUAUGAUUUAGCUAGACUUCUAAUUCCGCUCUCUCAAUCCUGCAAGCCAGCAUGAAACCAGACUAUACUGUUCACACGUAUAGCUGCGAGCAGCACUUAUAGAGCAAACCUGUUAGAGUAAUUACCGUUCGUCCAAAAAUUAUAGUCUAUGUAAUGCAAGCGAACUCUUCCAAAGUAUACCAAAGAAAUUCAAUUCCACUAAAUGCAUGUACUUUCGGGCAAAUACUGUAUUUCUGACCACCCUAUAGCUCGGUUGUUAAUGCAACUACACGUUCCAAACUUCAGCUGCCGAAUUAAGAAGAGCUGCAAAACAUUUGGCAUAAAGGAUUUUUUAUAAGAACAUUUAAUUACUUGUUUUACUACACAGGGGACUCGGAUUUACUUAUAAGUAAAAUUUUUUACUUAUAUUUACCAAUAACUUACAUAUAAGUUAAAAAAGGCGGGGCUUAUUUAUUUUUACUUAUAUUUACGUUUAUUUACUUAUAUUUACAAAUAGCGGUACUUAUAUGUAAAAAACGGCGGAGCUCGUUUAUUUUUACUUAUAUGUACAUAUAUGAGCCUCGAAAAGAAAACUUUUGAGCGUCAAAGACGCUUUUUGGUUUCUGCACGCGUUGGCCGGACUUGGAAAAAUUCUAAGUUUUUGGAGCGUCAAAGAACGUAUCUCAACCUUGGAUCGAAUAAAGUAAGUUGUUUGUAGUCAGUUUUUUUCUUUUACAGGGUAACAGAGUGCUCAGAUCAAAAGUUGCGAACGCGAGAACCUUCCCGAGCAUGGAGCAUGUCAACGUCAAACUUCACGCAGUUCGCAAAAAUCUAUGAACAAGCACUAUGAGGAAAGAAUUUGGAUGAACAACUGUGUGCUCAAAUGGUAGGUGUUUUUUAACUGUUUUCACAUUUCAUAAAACCAAAGAUUUUUCCAGACAUAGUUUUGCUAUGUUGUACUAGGUCCAGGUGAAGCCUCUAGGUUUCAGAUUAUCGAAAAAUUGGCCGUGGAGGGUAGUAAAUGGACAAUGUACACACGAUCCCGGAAAAAUGGCACUCGGAUGAUUCAGGUAUGUUGAGAAUAUUCACCUGGACCUAGUGCAACAUGACAAACUUGGUGUCUCGAAAUUUCAUUGGCAAACUUGGUGAACCUAAAACUAAUUUUUUCGGGGUGCAGAAGCACAAACAAUUGAGAAGGGCUUAUAGUAAAUAUCGUCAAACGACCUUAUCUUCUUUAUUUUUGCUAUUUUCAGUGAAUCCAGACGCAGAAAUCGCCAUAGAAGAUCCCGAAAAUAAGCAAUUGAUGCCUCAUGAGGACAACAACAGAUGAGAAACCUAUCCGGAGCACACAAGAUGCGUUACCGACUUGUAUUUGUCGUUUUUGAGAAUCGAAAUAAACGUUUAUAAUAUAAUCUGCACUGUGCGUAAUUCUGGGUUACAAAUAAGUAAAAUAUCCUUAUUGGUAAAUAUAAGUAAAAUAUCCUUAUUUGUAAAUAUAAGUAAAUUCGGAGCGCGCCGAAAAUAAAGUUUACAUAUAAGUAAUUUCAGAAUUACUUAUAUGUACAAUUAUUUACUUAUAUGUACGUUUAUUUACUUAUAUGAACUUCAAUUUCAUAUAAGUAAAAAAGACGUACAUAUAAGUAAAUCCGAGUCCCCUGUGUAUAGAAUUAUAGUAUAUAUAAUAAAAUAUUCAACUUCAGGAUUGUGUUGGAUUUUGGGUGAAUCAAGCGAUAAAUCACUGGCCGAAUGCCCCGUAUAUCAGUGAAUUGUACUCCGAGAUAUUCACGGAAGAGACAUACCUCAUCUCUCCCAUCUACCUCUUGACCUACUUCACUCUCUACACUACCGAAUUCAGCGGGUUUUUGUUGGCAUUGAACCGGUUCACGACGUUGUAUUAUCCGGCAAAGUCCGAGUUGGUAAGAGUAAUUUUUACUUUAUAAAAAACCUUUAAGUUAUGGCGUCAACACUUCAAGAAGAUAUUGUUUCUAUUCGUUACGAUUCCUCUCAGCGUUUGUGUUCAUCUUAUCGUGUGCCCAGUCAAAUUCGAAUGUUCGGCCUACCGGGACUGUUAUUUUGAUGCUAUCAACUUAUUCUAUAUACCGGUAAGGAAUUGUGUAGAUUUUCUAAAAACGAAAGCCGUUGUGUAAAUUUUCUAGAUGCCGAAAAGUCGUUGGCGAAAACGUUUUCCGUCUUGCCUACUCUCCACUGUUUGUGUGUUCUCUCAAAAAAAUUUUUAAAUAUUAGGGUGAACCAAAAAAAAAUUCCGACUUUUUAAAUAAAGAUUUUUAUAUGAAUGUAUUAUAAGAUUCAAAUGCUUUGAAACUUAACUGGUUUUCAUUUGUUGUAAAAUGACGUUUAAAUUUUCAUUAAAAAAUCGAAAAAUUUUUUUGGUUCACCCUAAUAUUUCAACUUGUGCCAAAAAGCAAAUUCUUCAUUAUUAUUGUGAGAUUAGAGCUUAAUUUUAACGUAUUCAGGGUCGUAUGCGGGUUCGUUCCUCAAUCUUCAGUAUCUCCUUCUCAUUCCUCACCCUUAUUCUCAACUUGUGGUCCAUCUGUUCGUUGGCUCUUCUCCGUCGAAAAUCGGACAAAGCCAACCGAAAACUUUUAAUCUACACGGUCUCUGUGUUCCUGGUGAUCUUGGUUUUGAGUAUUGAACAGGUAAGCCUAGAGGUGGCAAUCGGGCCGGGCCGGGCCGAUUUUUGCGGCCCGGCCCGCGGGCCGAAGUGACCAGGCCGGCCCAGGGCUUUUUCAAAUUUGCUCAGGCCCGGCCCGGCCCGGCCCGAUGAAAGCCCAGGCCGGCCCGGCCCGGCCCGGUUUGGCCCGCUAAUACAGAAAACUUGGAUAAAGGUCUUUGCACUUUCUACUGGAAGUUCUUAUGCUUUCCAGAAGGGUUUUACGUGUGUCUGCGCGAAAUUAAAUAGUCUAGUCGGAUGACUGGAACAUCCGUGCAGGUAGCUAAAACUUACAAUUAGCCAAAAAGUUGGAUUCUGUUAAAUUUUUUAAUCCUAUAGGAAGUUAGCUAUAUAAAAGUAUGGACGUUAUAAGGUACAUGGUUAACCAAAAACUGUUUAAACACUUUCAUUUACAUCAAGGAAUCAAAAUUACAGUGAAAUUUUUAAAUUUAUCAUAACAAAAUUCGAAGAUUUUUGCCCGACCCUUGCAUAUUUGGGUGGGAUUUACAUAUACAUAAUAAGUUACAUAUACAUAUACAUAAUUUUAAAAAGUAGUAAAACAGCGUAUAAGUCAAAACAGGUUUAAUCUAAUUUCCAUCCAUUCUACAAAGCAUUUGUGCUUUAUUUUGCUGGUUUAGCAUUAAAAAUUUUUUACUUAUCUACCUUCCGGGCCGGGCCGGGCCGAAAGCGUCGGCCCGGCCCGCGGGCCGAAGCGGUCAGGCCGGCCCAGGGCUUUUUCAAAUCUGCUCAAGCCCGGCCCGGCCCAAUCACCGGGCCCGGCCGGGCCGGGCCGGGCCGGCCCAGCCCGAUUGCCACCUCUAGGUAAGCCCGUUGCCCAUGCAUUUUCCUCCACGAUUUUACAGCUUGUUUCCUUCCAGUGCACCUAUUCGUACGAAGGCGUGGCGAAGACGCACAAUCCGUACAUCCAGGCGUUCAUCAACACCUAUGCCCAUUUAUACAAUCUGACAUUGCUCAUGGGAGGGGUUCUCUUACUGCUGACGUCAUCGCUGGUCCGCCGACACUUCUUCAAACGACGAAAGAUGCAUCGUUUCAUUUUCACGGUGCUCAAAGGAAAGAAUUCGCAUAAAGGAACGGUCGUCUUUAUCACAACUAAUAUUUCUGUUCAUAGGAAUUCGAACAGGGAUAUCAGUUGCUCCAAUUUUAAUAUAAAUUCCGCAAUAAGGGGAAGAGAAUAA